CAGCUUCGCGUCCCGUUGAUGAGGCCGAGCGGAGCCACGGAGCCACGCAGCGGAGCUUCCUGCCGGAUUCUGGACGACAUGUGCCGCCGGAGCCGGAGGUAGGAGCCGCAGGUUGUGUUGAUCGGAGCCGGACGUGAGGCGGAGCGCUGCGCCGCCAAGGAACCGCAUUCAAACAGGUGUCCGCCGCGCUGCCAUCAGCAGGACCCGCUGAGCUCCUCACGCGGAUGCCAGCCAGCCGAUCCAGGACCAGUCCGGGUGGAAUGUGCGCGUGUUCGGCUCGACGCUGACGGAACCGAAGCUGCAGAAAACCGUCCAGCACCGUGUGUACCGCCGGAGCCGCCUCUCCUUUCUCUGCUGCUCACCGGAGGAGGCGCGGACCGACCUCCCCCACGGGACAGGCCCACCGACCCACGCUGCUAACAGGUGUGUCUGAGCGGAGCAGCCCGGACGGUCCCUGCCCUGCUCCCGGUACCUCCCGGUACCUCCCGGUGCCUCUCCCCAGGCUCUCAUCGCAUCCACACCGGACGCACAUUUUCCUCCGUUUGGAUCAGCCGCUGUUCGUCCGUCGGUGCGUAACAGCGGAGAGGAGGAAGCAGCCGGAGGCUUCACUGGAGCCGGACGGGGCUCUGGACGAGACGCUCACAGCUUGGGUUGGGUUUUCCACCAGAUUCGGGUCUGUGCAUCGCUCUGUGCAUUCCGCGAUUCGCCAAACCGAACCGAACCGAACCGAGUGACCAUGACAGCGAGGAAGGCGGGCAGCGUGGGAGACGCGUCCGGCACCGACAGUCCCGGCGGGGCUCCGGAGGCGGAGAUGUUCGGGGAGUUCCAGGACUGGUGCCUGCGGACCUACGGGGACUCCGGGAAGACCAAGACCGUGACGCGGCGCAAGUACAACAAGAUCCUGCAGACGCUGCUGCAGGGCGACGAGGAGAACAGCCACGGGGUGUUCCUGCAGGAGAAGAGCAGCAGCCACAUCAACGCCAAGUUCAAGUUCUGGGUCAAGUCCAAAGGCUUCCAGGUCGGGACGCUGCAGGACGCCAAGGUCGGAGCCGCCGACAGACCGGUGCUGUUCGUCCCCAUCAAGGCGACGUGCGUUGACGGCGUCUCGGGGGUCGACUCGUCGCUGAAGCGCGUCGCCGUGGUCGAGGAUUUCUUCGACAUCAUCUACGCGAUGCACGUGGAGAUCAGCGCCGACCCGGGAAAAGCCCCGAAGCACGCCGGCCAGAAGAAGACCUACAAAGCUAUCGCCGAGACGUACGCCUUCCUGCCCCGAGAGGCGGUGACCCGCUUCCUCAUGAGCUGUGGGGAGUGUCAGAAGAGGAUGCACAUCAGCACCGCCGGCCAGGACUACAAAGAGAACGACCGGCCGAGCCCUCUGGUGUCGGAGGUGAUCGACUACAACGUGCCCCUCACCACCACCUACAUGAAGCAGAUGAAGCUGCAGUGCAUGAGCAACAACAAGGUACGUGAGCCGCCCGCAUGCCGCGCCGCAUGCUAAGCUACCAGCGCUGCGUCCGGCUGCAGCUCGCUUUGUGUUCCUCAGACUGAGUUUCUCUGCAUCCUGAGAGUCGAUCGUCUUCGCCUGCGUUAACCCGCCGGGCUGUUUUGUUCGCUCAAGGAUUGUUUGCGACGGGC